GUCAAUCAAACGUCCUUUAUUUAUCUGUUCUGUUUCCUGUCAAAUUCAAUUCAAGUUACAAAGUCAGCUGUUGUGUUAAAAAUCGGUGUAUUUGUUAUUGAAAAAUACCUGUUUAUAAUAAAAUAAUUAAUAUUCAUACAAAUUAGAUCUUAUUUAUCGCUUCAAAAAUGUGGCCAAUAAUAAUGCAGUUUCUUAGAACAAACGCUCCAUACUUCACAUUACCAGUAGCGGCCGUGGUCGGCGUCAUAGGAUACAACUUGGAAGGCUUAUUAUCUGACAGAUAUACACCUUACAACAAACCAGUACAAGACCAAAGAGUAGAACGGCUAAUAGAUGAAGAGGUCCUGAGUGACCCAACCAAUGUUCAGAAACUAAGAUAUAAAGAGAAUGUCCUCGGGAGAAACGUGUCACCGUCACUACAAAACAAAUGAAAUAGUCUAGUCAACAUAAAAUUAAUAUUAAAGUAAUUACUAUUAUUAUGUAGGUGAUGUGAGUUGGGUAUUUUAUUUUAUUUAAAUAAUAUUAUUGUGUCAUAGUGGCCCAAAGAACCGCUUCUCAUGCAUGAGAAUGCAAACCUACCAAUGGCAAGUACCAAUGUCACUUUUUCCAGGUUAUUUAGACACCACUGACACACGGUUAAGGAAAACAUCGUGAGGAAACCUAGGCUUAUUAGUUCUAAUUAUAAGUUUGGAAUCGCAAUUCGCAUUGAGCAAGUGUGGUGAUUAAUCCUCAAUGCGUGCUAUGGAACCCUACUAUCGAUACAUCGCAUACUCGAGCUGCGCAUCUUCCCCGCACAACUACAUAGUUUAGUAUCAGUGGAAACAGUCACAUAGUUUCACAGCUUAGCUGUUAUAUCUUCGUAGCAGCAACAUGCACAUCUCUGGUGGAAAAGCACCGUAACACCACUUUUCUGUAUUUCUGUUGUUUUGUCAUCCCUCAGAACUCUCAGUAAACGGAAUGAAAAAGUAAGAGAAAUGCGGUUAAAGAUAUAAACAUGAACUUCUAAGUACUUACUUAUAUUUUUAAAUAUUAAAUAAAACACCCAACUCAUUACUUUAGUCUCUAUUUAAGGAAAUACUUUAAAAAAAUAUUCACAAUUUUGUUUCAGUUUUUACUGUAAAAUGAAAUUAUUUAAUCUGUCGAACAGCUGCAUUUCACCUUUCUUAAAGGAAGGAUAGAAAAAAUAUAAGUCUACAAUGAGCAAUAUAUUAUGAAUAUGAGAUUUUCCUUAAAAUCAAUUAAAUUAUGUAUUUCCGUGUCUGCAAGAUGAACAAAUGAUAACUAAAAUGCUGUAUAUAAUUGUUUUACUUUGUUAAUUAAAAUGUUUUUAUGAAUCUAAAA